UUGGAUUUCCAGUAUCUAUAGUUUUUGUUUUGCCUUUUUGUGACUGUUACUAUUUUAGAUAUUCUUCAAAAUAUUCGCAGUGGAAAAUUAUCGGUGAAGAAUAAAAUAAUUGUUUUAGUCUUUGUCGAAUUGUCCUGGAUUUACCAGUUGGCUCUCGCUCGCUGCAUCUUUCCCAAUGCGUGUUUCGAUGCCCACCCAAUUACUUAAAGUCAAAGAUUUGGUCUCCUCCCCUUCGCCCCGUCACUUCACGAUGCAAAGCUGUUAUCGAACGGACAGGGAAGGUUACUCCCUUUCCCAGUUUGAGGUCAGACUGUUUUAGGACGUCGCAACUCAGACACUGAACGGAAAGGUGACAGAGAAUUCGGAGAAAGUUGGAAGAAGUGAGUGACGAUGCAGCCUGUUAGAAGCAGGUAGACGCACAUUUCUUCGCCGUGAACCGAAUGGAAACCAUGAACGUCGUUGGCGGUUUCCACCAUCACCCCGUCGUGCACGAGGGCUUUCCAUUUGUCCCAAGUAGUCGUUGCCAGCAAGACCAUCCGUUUCUGCAGAGCUGGUUCCUAAAUCAGGGAGCGCUGUCCCCCGAUUACUCCAACCAGCCUUCCUACAGCCCCGAUUCCGGUGUUAACGGAGUGCUCCCGGAUCCCGCCCGUCCGGCACCAGGACACCGCCGAGGAGCAGCCGUCCCGAAAAAGGAACGGCGCCGUACGGAAAGCAUCAACAGCGCCUUCGCAGAGCUGCGCGAAUGUAUUCCCAAUGUCCCGGCCGACACUAAAUUAUCCAAGAUCAAAACGCUUCGGCUGGCUACUAGUUACAUCGCCUACCUCAUGGAUACUCUGGCAAAGGACAGUCAGGUCGGCCAGACGGAGGCUUUCAAAGCGGAUCUGAAGAAAAUGGACAACAGAGAAAACAGACGCAAACGAGAGACGAAGGAAGCAGUGAACGUAUCCAGAAGCAGCGGUGGAAAGAGGAUGAAGGGAAGGACUGGUUGGCCGCAGCAAGUCUGGGCUCUAGAACUCAGCCAGUGA